UACUUUGCUAUUUGUAGACGUCAUAGCAUUCGGUUAUUGCAUUGCAUCCAGUUCUCGCUAAAGUAGUUUUUAUAAAAAGUAGGAGUAGGAAGGAAAUCGACCCACGUCAUCACAUUAGGGUCUUGUGUUCAUUGUGCAAUACAAUUAGUCACUGCCCCGUGGUUCGUCACUAUAAUAUUAAUCCAGAUCGGUGGUUAGUAAACGGCGCUCAGUUCCUCAGUGUGUGAUAAGUUCUUCAUCAAUAAAGUUGUAUUAAAAUGAAUCCGUGGCAGCAAGGCCAAGGAAACCCGCAACAACAAUACUAUCAUAAUAUUGGAUUCUGCAACAGUGCCCCACAGUCUUUUGGGAACCCAAUGCCUAUGCCAGGAAUGCCAACAAUGGGAUACCCAGGACCCCAGCCUGGUGGCGCUCCCGGAUACCCCCAGGUAUCGCAGGGUUACCCUCAACAACAAAACUCUCCAUAUCCGAGACAACAAGUGAAUCAGGGUUAUCCAAAUUCUGCUCAAGGGUACCCAGGUCAGGGUUACCCACAGACUGCUCAAACCGGGUACCCCCAACAGGCUCAACAAGGGUAUGCCCAACCUGCUCAAAGUAGUUACCCUGUUCAAGGGCAAGGUAAUCCUGGUUACCCACAAAGUGGCCCAGGUUACCCUCAAAGUAGCCCCGGUUACCCGCAAACUAACCAAUACCAGGGGCAACAACAGUAUAGUCAGUCUCAUGCUAGCCACCAAGCUUACAAUGUGUCUUCAUCAUAUGUUGCAAUGCCAAAGACGAAGCCGACUGUUGUGCCGGCAAAUCCCUUCGACCCUCGGGAAGAUGCCGCCGUCCUUCGGAAGGCCAUGAAAGGCUUCGGUACAGACGAGAAGGCUAUUAUCCACGUUCUCUCUAGGCGCACUAAUGAACAGCGUCUCCGAAUCGCCUUCGAGUUCAAAACUCUCUACGGAAAGGAUCUGGUGGCGGAUUUAAAGAGCGAAACCAGUGGCAAGUUUGAGGAUCUACUGGUGGCUCUUAUGACUCCCUUGCCGCAGUUCUACUGUAAGGAGCUCCAUGACGCCAUCGCGGGCAUCGGCACUGAUGAGGACGUUCUCAUUGAAGUGAUGUGCACCAUGUCCAACCACGAGAUCAACGUCAUCAAGCAGACUUACACUGCUAUGUACGGAAAUCUUCUUGAGGACGACCUGCGCGGUGACACAUCUGGAAACUUCAAACGGCUCAUGACGUCACUCUCUAUGGGCAAUCGAUCUGAGGACUUCCACGUUGACGCGGAGAAGGCUAGGGAGGACGCCAGGAGCUUGCUCCAAGCUGGUGAACUGCGUCUCGGCACUGAUGAAUCAGUUUUCAACGCGGUGCUCUGCUCUCGUUCCUUCCCGCAGCUGAAGGCCAUAUUUCAGGAGUACCAGUAUCUGACUGGACAUGAUAUUGAUGACGCUAUCAAGGCCGAGUUCUCUGGUGACCUUGAGAAGGCUUUGAGGGCUAUUGUGAAAAGCGUCCGCAACAAGCCGUUGUUCUUCGCGGAACGUCUGCACAAGUCGAUGAAGGGUCUGGGCACCAACGACCGCCAGCUCAUCCGUAUCAUGGUCACACGGAGCGAGAUCGACCUUGGAGACAUAUCGGAUGCCUUCCAGGCUAAGUACGGAGAGACGCUGCAGAGCUGGAUUGAGGGCGACUGCUCCGGCCACUACAAGAAGGGUCUGCUAGCGCUCCUUGGCCUCUACUAAACUCAGAAGCACCUGAUGAUCACCAUCAGACCGAAGUACAUCAUUGAAAUGUUUCAUUUAUUGUUACUCUUUAAAUCUCAGUGGUUAUCGAUGUAAUUCAUAUUAUUUUUAAGAUUGUCUGAAGUAUCUCAAUGUUAUUAUUAUUAAUAGUAAGUUUUCUACACUUUUUUAAUACGUCUACAUUUACGUUUUAACGCUGCAUUGGUUUGUUUAUGAUCGAUGUAGAUUUUAAUAAUGACUUUACAAGAAAGUAUUUCGGAAAUCUGCCACUUUAUAUAUUUCAAAAUAUCCCAAAAUUUUGACAUACGAAUACUAUUGUACAUGCACCUACAUCGAUUGUAUAAUAAACCAAUAAGCGAGAACUACGAUUCUGCAGAAGUUUUAGAUUAUUAUCAAUAGAUGGCGUUGUACCAAUAUAGUAUAGUGACAUCUAACGUGUCUUCUUGACACUACGCGUCCUAUGAAGGUAUUAAGUAUUGGAUUUUCAAUGUUAUACUAAUUAUUUUGGAUCUUUUGAUGAUAAUGCCAUUGCAAAUUAGUCUUUUAGGACUUUUAUAAUCUCAUAUAAAACGAUCUUAAAAAAAUAUAUAAAUUUCGUAAAAAAAAAACUAAAAACAACGCCUUAUUAAAUAAGUUGUUA